CUCACUCGCACAAGUCUCGAGUUCUGGCCGUGAACACCGUACAGAGCUUCCUAGCUCCUUGGAUGCAUCGGUGCGACGCUUCUACACCUCUACCAUCCACCACCCUCCUCGUCACUCGGAAACUUUGUUCAGCUUCGUGCGGUCAGUCGUCUGCGCUCUCUUCAACUCUCUGCCCCCUUCGCGAUGAGGCUUCUGCCGCUCUUUUCCGCUUUGGCACUUUGCCUCCUCGUGGCCGUGCUUCCAAGCGCACUGGCUCAGAGCGACGACACUCCCGAGCUCAAUGUGAUCACGGUCUUCCCCAACAACCCGUUCAACAUCGCCAAAAAUGGACAGGCAAAUAGAGUCGUCUUCAACGUCGGUACAAAAGAGGACAGGGCUCUCAAGCUGGAGGGCAUCACGGGUGCAUUCCUAAACACAAAGAAGAAGACAGAGGGUCAAAAAGGCUACGUACUGCGAAACCUCACCAUCACGCCGAUCAAGGAUUUGCCUAUCACCACGGGUCUAGGCAAGCCGCUGCAAGUGCCUUUCGACUUUUCGCCAGAAUUCAAGCCUCAAGACCUGGGUAUCGAGUUCAGGUUAAUCGUUCGUGAUGAACAAACGGGCAAGAAGCACAAUGUUCGGGUCUACACUGGAAACGUUACGGUUGUUGAGCCGGAGCGUGUUUGGGAUCUGCAGCUCAUCUCCGUGUACUUUUUCUUGGGCGCAGUGGUCCUCACAGUGAUCUACUGGGCGUCCAAGAGCUACCCGGGCUCGCGUUCUUUGAGCAAAAGACAGAAGCGGAGCGCAGAGACGAAAAAGGCGGCUGCCAAGAGCGGGAGCGGUUCGAGCUCUGCCACCGCUGCUGCAUUCGGCAAGAGCUCCGCUAACAGCGCGGUGGACGACGAGUGGAUCCCUGAAGCGCACAGGCGGAGAGCUCAGAACGCGGCGGCCGCUUCGAGCGGGGACGAGGGCAGGCCGGCCCUCAAGCCUAGGAGGUCGGGACGUAAGAAUUGAGCAGGCGCGGGGAAGAGGAAUAUUGGGGGAGCAGGCAUGGAAGAGAGAAAGGAUGUUUGUAGCAGAAAAGCAUCAUCAGCGCGACACGGCCAAGGGUGAUGCUGAGGUCACAGAUGAGUGCGCGCAACUGCUGCUGCAUUGGGACGACGAGUGCGCGAGAGCAGCUUUCAAUGAAGUGCUGCUGAUGCGGUGCACCCUGCUGCAAUGUCGAGAAGUCAAAAAAAAAGCUUAUAAUGCGCGAAGCGAAGCGUCGACGAGC